AUGUUUUACAUUAGGCAUCUGCCAAGCUUGCUGCUGGUUUCACUGAGCGUAGUCUGCGCGAACUGCGAGAAUACGUGUAGCUCCAACAAAACGACUACAAGACAGGAAUGGGGCACAUUAAGCGCUAAUCAGCGCACUAAAUAUAUCAAUGCUAUCUGGUGUCUCAGAAAUCGCGAAGCCGUCCUCCCGUCUUCCGAUUACCCUGGGGUACGCGAUCGUUUGGAUGACUUUGUGGCAACUCAUAUAAACUAUACAACACGCAUUCAUGACAAUGGCGUUUUUCUUCCAUGGCAUCGACAUUUUCUUUUUCUCUGGGAACGCACCUUGCAGAAAGAAUGUGGCUACACCGGUGGCGUUCCAUACUGGGACUGGUCACUAGAGACUUCAGACCUCUCCAAAAGCCCAGUCUUUGACGGUAGCGCCACAUCGCUAUCGGGUUACGGCGUAAACGAUCGUGCCACAUGCCAUGGCAACUGCAGCAGCCCUACAAGCACCGGUCGACGCUGCGUGACAUCCGGCCCCUUCAAGGACUACCAAAUACAUUUAGGCCCGUUCAACAACACGUUCGAUCCUCAUCGGUCAUUAUGGCCUCCAGGAUUCGAUUACAAUCCCAGGUGUCUCGAGCGCAACUUCAGUCCGGAGUAUCUGGCAGAGUACGCCAACCAAACCUCUCUCGACAGCAUGCGGAACGCGAAAGAUAUAAACGAGUUUCUGACCUUCAUGAACCCGAGCCGCCUGGGCGCUAACGGCGCGCACAGUGCUGGACAUUUCGCGGCAGGAGGUACCAUGGCGGAUCAGUAUGCGUCGCCACAAGAUCCGGCAUUUAUGCUUCAUCAUGGGAUGGUGGACCGCAUGUGGACCUUGUGGCAGGGUGAUGUUAUGGAGAAUCGUCGCUACGCGCUUAACGGCACCGCGGUGAUGCAUGAUGAUCCGACAAUGCCCCUAGUGACGCCUGACUUUGUCGUGGAGUUUGGGCCGUUGGACCAGCCGCGAGCUCUCAGGGAUUUAUUGGAUCCGAUGAGAUAUAUACAUGUGCAUGAAGCACAGUGUCUGGAAAUUCGUCAAAUUUUCACAGACUACGAGUCAAAGAAACAUCUACUCCCUGAAGCGGCGUUGGAUGUUAUCAAUGGAUGCAAGAUGGAGACCAAGAAUCGGUUUAAUGACGAAUACGGCGUCCACACUCAUCUUGUCGAUUACGUGUUCUCUCGGUGUGUCGUUCUAUUCGUGGCCUGCAAGGCUAAGACCUUUAAAAGGGUUGAAAAAGAAUGCAAUCUCUUGGGCCAUCUUUUCGAGAGGCUCUCUCGCCUCUAUAAUGUUCAUGCUUUGAAUCAAAUACCUGAUCUUCUGAUCCAUAAUGAUCGGCAUGAUUUGUUCUAUGAUUUUGUCAGACAGACGCUUCAGGGUGGUCGCAAGGUUUCUUCUGCAUUUGAUUCUAGGGAGGAUGACGCUCUACAAUACAUUGACAACAGAGGAAUCGACGCUCUCAAUCCAUUCCUCUGGUCGUAUCUGGUAUGUGAUAUAAAACCCUUUACGGGUCAGAUUGCCGGUGGCCCCAAUCUCAAGGAAGCGGCCAGCUGUACCAACCAAAUAAUUCAACAUUUCAGCCGAAUGUGGCUAGAGAUUCCAGGUGCGCUGAAGAUGAUUGCUGACGACUACAUGUCUGAGACUGGUUACUCUUAUCGCGAUGCAAAGAUCAGAGAGCACCCUGCCCCUGGAGGAGAUACACCAUUCUCUUGGCCGGCCAUAUCCAAUAAUGCUACGCUUGCCAGACUUCGGAUCUCGUACACUUCGCUCAGCGCUGCUCACGUCUACCUUUCCAGCACGUGCUCCUAUGAUGUCAACUACAACCCCGCACUUCAAUCAUCCCCUAACCCGUACUGCACGAUCAAGUGCCAAAUGGCCAAUGACUAA